AUGUUCUUAAUCCUAGCGUUGGUUGGCUUAGCAGCGGCUGCUCCAGCUACAUAUGAUCAGCGACAGGACGGCGAGUUCAACGUGCAAGCGGACGUUCAGAAUGUUGUCUUCCUCGUCGCUGUACCGCAGAAGAUACCAAACAGUCUGCUGGACCUGAGCUGGCUGAAGAGCGCGAAGAAUGACGAUAUCCAAGAGCGAGCUGAUAUUCAUGUGAUGGAAGCCUUUGUGGAGCCUAAUACUCCGUACCGCGUUGAAAUCGGUACGGAAGGGGAGAAGAAGGUUGAAGGGGACGGAAGACACGCCGAAGUCCUGAUCGGUAGGAAACCUAUUGAAGCAGAGGAAGACGGGGAUAAGAAUGAGUUUAAGCUGAUAGGAGCCACAGAGCAGUGUGGUCCUAACAGAGUGAGAGACCCUCUGACCCUCAUGUGCAUUGACCAGCCAGAAGACCCCACCAGAACACCCGAAGUAGUCCCCAUUUCGUAA